AUGAAGCAGGUGGACGCCGUCACAGCUUUGGCUGUACUCAGCCUAGCGCAUGCCAAAAAUGCCACAGCGAAAACGAAACCGAAACGACAACUGGAUGACAUUCGAACUCCACAAAACUUACAAUACUCUUUGGUACUCCCUCAUUCAAGGGUAGCGCACUUCAGAGCGCUAACCGGCAGCCGAAGGAUCUCCAAUUUAUCUCCAAAUGGUGGAAAACUGCCCCCUUACGCUGUACAGAUGGAACCUGUUGUGCAAUACUCGCAGAAAGAUCCCUUGUACGAUCCAAAUCUUGACAACUUAGACGAUCCAGUCGUAAACGAAAAUAAAAUUUAUGCUCAACCAAAAAUUCUUAACGUCGACUCUUCUGAACUUUCGUAUGGACCACCAUAUGGCACGUUACCUACUGCACCUUUAUAUAGCCAAGAACACCAUCCUCAUUACUAUGAAGCGCCUGAACCUAUAAUUGAAAUCAUCAUUAAGGAAUCCAAUGAAACUCUACCAGCACCACCUUCACAACCAAUCGUAAAGAAAAAGAAAGAACCUGUUCAAGUAUUUUAUGUCAAAUACAGUAAGGACCCACACUCGAAAGAUAAAGUGAUAUACGAGAAGCCUGUACCAGCUAUUACACCUCCGUCUAAUGUUGAAGAUGAUCACCACAAUGAUUACGUCACAGUCACUCCUGAACCACUAUAUAUACCUACCCAGACAACAACUCUAAGAGCGAUAAUUAAACCAGAGUCUGAAGUCUAUCAUAGUGAUAGCAGUGUAAAAGUCACUUUCGGUAGUGAAAAUCGACACCACAGUGAUAGACGCGAAGGAAAUACAGAAGGUCAUGAAGAAACUGCACCACAGCCCGCCAUAGCUUAUCCAAAUCAACCAUCAAAUCAUCCACCACUUGAGCUUUCAGUAUCGCCAAAACCACAACAACAGCAUGAAACACGACCAGUGAGUGGCCACCAAGCAAGUCAAACCUACAGGUCAAUACAGCCUCAGGCUCAGAGUAGAAUUCAAUUCCAAUCUCCUUAUCUUACAAAUGAGCAGCAAUUACCAAGACAGGGUCCAUCUGUAGCUCCUUUCAGACAACAAACUCAUAUUCCUCGUCAAAACACAUUUGGGUCAUUACCUUUGAGUGCUCAGCCUAGCCCUCAUCCUUCAUUUGCUAAUGGCCCUCCGGGUCCUCCUCCACACUUUACAAAUCCUGGUCCAUCAAGUCCUCCCUUUUCAGGUCCUUUUGUUAGACCUAACGGUCCUCCAACUUUCCAUACCCGACCUAACAGCCCUCCAACUUUUGCCCCUAGACCUCAUUUCAACGGACCACCACCUAGAACAAGCUUCCAUUCAGGACCUCAAAGACCGUUCCCUCAACCACAUCCACAACAAAAACCGUUCUUUGAUGAAGCUAAAUAUUUGCAAGAAAACUAUCAUACUAUAACCACCGAUCAAAUAGAAACAGCUAAAGAUCAACCGGCACCACUUAGACCUCCUCAAAACUUCAACUUUGUUCCUCGUCCAAGCCCAAGUCCUAGUCCUUCUCCUGCUCAAUUCCAAGAUCAGUCACCUAUAAUUCCAGUGAGUCAACAGUUGCCACAACAAAGACCACCUCUACAUUUCAGUGACAACACUCAGAAUAAACCAACAUUUCCCAAUACUCCCAGUCGUGUCCCAUUUUUCAAUUUGAAACCAUCGCCACCUCAAAUAGAUAAUAAUAGACCACCUUUCUUACAGCACCAAUCACAGCAACCAUUCAGUUUCCAUCAAGGGUCACAACCUCUUUUGCCAUUAUCUCGUCCUUCUGCACAAACACAACCAAAUGUGCAUAAUCAACAUUCCUUCUCUAGCCCCAUUUCAGUUACUCCAUCACCUUCUCCUGUUCCUCAAACUCAAUUUUUGCCUCAACCAUCUGCACCUACUUUGUUCAACUUACAACCGUCUCAUCCUCCUGCACAACAGUUUUUCCAUCAACCAACAUUUACUUCAGAAAGGCCCCAGUUUCAACAUCCCGUUGGCCCAUCAGAAAGACCUAGUAGUUUUCAAGAUCAAUCUAACAUUCAGCAUCAACAGAAUGUUGGACAAUUUGUACCGAAUGGCGGUGAGUUAGUAGCAUCUAUUCCCAAAUAUGAACAGCAUAUAACUGUCAAUGGACCGACUGCUCAGCCUAGCUACAGUGGGUUUAGAGAAUCCAUUCAACCAUCUCCUAGUCCCGAGCCUAAAUAUCAGCAAUAUCAAUCACAACAACAACAUCAGCAAAAACAAAUUCAACAGAUUCAACAAUCACAAUAUCAACAACAACAAAAUCACCAUCCUCAACUGCAACAACAACAACAACAAAAACAGCAUGAGCAAGAUUUGCAACAGACACACCAACAACAACUCCAACAACAACAAAGUCAGCAAUAUUUCGAUAAUGAACAAGAACAAGUCAGAUUACAACUAGCUCAAAAUGUUGAAAAACAACAGCAGGAAAUACAACGACUUCAAAAUCAACUUAUAAUUGCCCAACAACAACAAAAGCAACAGCAACAACACAACAAACAAAUUGAACAAGAAUAUAACCAAUUAAGACAUUUCAAUCAGCAACAAAUUCAAGCUUCUACACCGAGAUCUCAAUAUUCACAGACAUAUCAAAGAUCAAGACAAGAGCAUCAGCAAUCAUUCACAGCAAGCACUCCUGCCCCUAACUAUUACCAAUCGACUUCCCAAACUGUCGAAAUAACACCGACUACACAGAAAUAUGUUUCUUCUACUAUUAAUUCCAUUAAUUCAACACCCGAAGCUAAGAAAGAAGAAAAAAAGAAAAAGCCUGCCAUUGAACUUCCCGAUGAAGUUCCCGAUGAUCUGCGUCAACAAUUGCUAUCUUCAGGCAUCUUAGAUAAUGCCGACAUUAGCGUAUUAGAUUACGACAAAGUAGGUGAGACGCCGUUAGAGUCGCUACCUCCGGAUCAGUUGGCAAACUUUUUCAGUGCAGGUGGUGCUCAACAGAUAGCUGCUAGUGAACAUAGACCCAUUGUUGUUAAACCCAAUGGUGAUAGUAUUGAAUCUAGAAUAGAUGAAGAUAUAGAAGAUGAUCAGGAAAUAGCAGCAUCAGAAAACGUUGCAACUUAUGUCGCUCCUCCAACAACUAGUAAGCAAGCAGUUGAAAUGAAAGUGGUACAUUUUGAUCCUAAGACCGUUGAGGGUCAGAACAUCGCUAAAGAGUAUGUGAAAGACGACGCUACGCAAGUAGAUCCUGUAGCUUUAAAUGAUAAAAAAUAUAAUAGAUACUUACCAUUGAAGGUUAGCGGUAACCAAUUUCCUCUUCCUGAUAUAUUAAAAGGAAGAAAAAUAACAUCAGUGGUGGUACUAGCCCCAGUACAAACGGAAGCAUUAAGUGGCGAACAUGUGAGGUCGGAACGAGCAACAAGUAAUACGCUAAAAGGGAUUAAAUUUAUAGCUGGUGAUAGCUUACAGGAUUUAUUGAAAAAACCGUCGAAAGAUAACUUUCAGAAAUGGCUAGAUGUUGAAAAGAGAACUGCAACAGACUCGCAGUCCGUUAUUCUACUCGUAACAGGGAGCGACGAACCAUCGGGUGAACGAGAGAUAUUUAUGUAUGACAUCGCAUCAGGAAAUGUUAACAAACUCAGUGGUGAGCUGUCCAAUGCAUUUGUGGAGGCAGCAGAAAACAAUUCACUAAGUAAAGACAUCGAGAAAUUAGCUAUAGAAGGUGAAGGGACACCAGAAGAUUUCGGUAAAGAUGAAAUCGCUGAAGAAUCAGAAAACGUGCCAUUAUAUGUAGAUCUAUCUGGUCUAAAUAGAGAAACUAAUAAUCAAGUAUCAAUAUCGUCGGGCUAUAGCAAAACGAAACUUGGCAGAUCUUUAAGGAGACAGUGAUAAAAAAAAUUGUGCCGAAAGGAACAAUUUCUGUAAAUAGUAUAGAUUUUAGAAAUACUAAAUUAAUAAGGCGGGCGUGUGUAUUAUAUAGUCGAUUAUUAUUACGGUAAUAAUCACUUUGUACAAAUAAAGUACCUUUUUUUUACAAAAUAAUGUGUGUCUCAUUUUUAUUAAACGAUAAACAUAUCACAAAAUCGCAUUAUUAUACAACGCAGCACGUCAGAUUCCACACUAUAUUAAGAUUUAAAAUAAUUUGAAGAGAAAGAUUUGUUUAACCUGGCGUGUUUUUAACUGUACGUUGCCCAUAAAAGAGAGUAGUAAGCCUUUGUGUUAUCAAAAUCGGAAAUAUUAAGAUACCAAAACAAUCUGGUUUCCAGUUAAUACAUAUAAAAAUAUAUAUUCUAACCACAUUCACCUGACCCACAACUGGUCGAAAAUCAAACAAGAAUCAAAAGGAUAUUUUCAUAAAAACAAAUAGUAA